AUGUAUAUUAUUUUACCUGAGCAACGAGAUGGGCUUGGUGAACUUAUAGCGAAGGUUCCAAAGUUCAAAGUCCUUUUUGAUCUUAAAGCAUCAAGAGUGCUCAAGGAAGUAGGUAUAGUUUUGCCUUUUGAUAAACGCAAUGCAGAGCUGACAGAGAUACACUCCGGUGGUAUUACUAGUACAGAAGAUAAUAAUAGGCUUCAUGUUUCGAAUGUUUUUCACAAGUGUUUUGUUGAAGUUGAUGAAGAAGGAACUGAAGCUGCUGCUUCUACUGCUUUUUUGGGGAGUCUGAUGUACUCGUGCAUGGAACCUACCACAUCUCCUCCUCGUGUCGAUUUUGUGGCAGAUCAUCCUUUCAUGUUCAUUAUAAGAGAGGAUCAAAGUGGUGCGGUGUUGUUUAUGGGGCAUGUCUUUAAUCCUUUCUUAAACUCUUCAUGA